AUGUCCGACACGUCCUCCCGAGACUCCUUCUACGACUCCCUGUCGGACGUGGCGGAAGAUGGUGAGAACGCAGACUUCUUGCCCGGGCUGUCGGCCUUCCUCAGCCAGGAGGAGAUAAACAAGAGUCUGGACCUGGCCCGCAGAGCCAUAGCCAACUCAGAGACGGAAGACUGCGACUCGGAAAGGGAGGACUCACAGAUUUUCAGCCCCUCUCCUGGGAGCCUCUGGGGGUCGCCUCCCCCUCAGGAGGCCAGGCCGGGUGAGCACGCAUCCCCGGGGACGCCUGGCGCCCACAGGCCUGCGCCUGUCCCGCCGCUGCCAGCAGAGCCAGCCGAGCGCAUCUCGCCUGCGCCCAGGAGGAAGCCCGGCGUCUCGCCCCUGCUGGCCCGGCCCAGCUACAUCCGGAGUCUCCGCAGGGCGGGGCAACACGGUGCCAAAGCCCCCAGCGCCAGUGCCAAGCCCAGAGCCGCGCACGGGGGCAGGGCCGGGCCCCAGAGCCCGCUGUGCAAAAAGGCGGCCACCCUCAUCGAGGAGCUGACGGCCAUCUUCAGAGAAACCUCCAAGCCGAGAACCAGGAACCCCAACGGGGAGUCCUCGUCCCCGGACAGCGGGUACCUGUCCCCUAAGAACCAGCUGUCAGCCCCGACGAGCGCCUCGGCCAGCCGGAGCCCCACCGGGGACCAGCAGGAGGUGGAAGCCGGGGCCGAGCCCCUGGAGCCCGGGCACCACCUCGCGGCGGCCCGGGACGUGGUCCAGCCCAGCCGAAGCCCCUCUCCCCCGGCCGCCCGCCACCUGCUGGCCGCUCCCCGGUUCAUCCAGAAGCUGCGGAGCCGAGAGGUGGCAGAAGGAAGUCGGGUGUACCUCGAGUGCAGAGUCGCCGGGAACCCACCUCCUCGGGUCAGAUGGUUCUGUGAGGGGAUCGAGCUGCACGACAGUCCCGACAUCCAGAUCCGCUGGGACGGGGGCGACCUGCACACGCUGGUCAUAGCCGAGGCCUUUGAGGACGACACAGGGCGCUACACCUGCCUGGCCACGAACCCCGGUGGCUCUGACACCACAUCCGCCGAGGUGUUCAUUGAAGGUGCCAGUUCAACAGAUUCUGACAGUGAAGGUUUAGCGUUCAAAUCAAAACCUGGAGCCAUGCCACAGGCUCAGAAGAAAACAACUUCUGUUUCCUUGACGAUAGGAUCAUCAUCUCCAAAGACAGGGGUGACCACAGCCGUGAUUCAGCCACUGUCUGUCCCUGUUCAACAGGCUCCCAGCCCCACCUCGUGCCUCUGCCGGCCAGAUGGACCCGCUGCCGCCUGCUUCCCACCUGUUUUCACCAAGGAGCUGCAAAGCAUCUCAGCCUCCAAGGGACAGGCGUCCGUGCUGGAGUGCCGGGUCCGAGGCACGCCCCCCCUGCAGGUCCAGUGGUUCCGACAAGGCAGUGAAAUCCAGGACUCUCCAGACUUCCGGAUCCUACAGAAAAAACCUCGAUCCACAGCUGAACCUGAGGAGAUCUGCACCCUCGUUAUAGCAGAGACGUUCCCCGAGGAUGCCGGGAUCUUCACGUGCUCGGCAAGCAAUGAUUACGGGUCAGCGACCAGCACUGCCCAGCUGGUGGUCACCUCAGCCAACAUGGACACCUGCGGCUAUGACGCAGCCGGAGAGGCCAGCAGUGGCCGCUUCCAGCCCUCCCCGCUGCCCCCUCCAAUCUGGGAGACCGGCUCCUUCGAGUUGGCUUCACAGAAACCGGCUGAGAUCCAGCACGUGACCAGCCCCGUGUUCGGGCUGAGCCCGGCGGCCCUUCAGUUCAAUUCCACCGCGGAGAGGGAAACCAACGGCGUCCACCCGGGCCACGGAGUGAAUGGACUGAUGAACGGCAGAGCUGAUGGCAGCAAAGCUCUUACCAGCGCAGCCGUCCUGCUGUCACCCACAAAGGAACCCCCGCCUCUGCUUGCCAAACCGAAACUGGACGCGCUCAAGAUCCAGCAGCUGCAGCAGCAGAUCCGCCUGGAGCGCGAGGCCCGCGCGCGCCCCUCGCCGCCCGCGUCCCCGGAGCCCCCGGAGCCGCGCCCGGAGCCCAUGAGCGCGCUCGCCGCCCGCCCCGCGCCCGCCAUGCAGGCCUCCGGCUCCUUCAGCUACGCGCGCCCCAAGCAGUUCAUCGCCGCGCAGAGCCUGAGCCCCGGCGCGCCCCGGCCCCCGACGCCCGCGUCCCCGCCGCCCCCCGAGCCCGAGGCCCCGUGGAGCGCGCUCCCGCCGCCGCCCCCGCCGCUCAGCCCGCAGGCGGCCGCCCCCGGGAUGGACGCCUUCCCGCCGCCACCGCCACCGCCACCGCCACCGCCGCCGCCCGGCCCGGGCCCCGCGCCCCGCGCCGCGCGCCCCGGCCCCGCGCCCGCCGCGCUGCUCCGCGCCCUGCUGCCCUCGCCGCCGCCCGCCGCCGCCAGCGUCUCCACCGGCGUCUCCGCGCUCGGCCUGCCCCGCGCCGCCCCCGCCGCGGGAUUUCCCAAGAAGGCCAGCAGGACCGCCAGGAUCGCCUCGGACGAGGAGAUCCAGGGCUCGAAGGAUGCCGUCAUCCAGGACCUGGAGCGGAAGUUGCGCUUCAAGGAGGACCUGCUGAACAACGGGCAGCCGAGGUUGACGUACGAGGAAAGGAUGGCUCGGCGGCUGCUGGGUGCCGACAGCGCGACCGUCUUCAACGUCCAGGAGCCUGAAGAGGAGGCAACCAACCAGGAGUACAGAGUCUCCAGCUGCGAGCAGAGGCUCAUCAGUGAGAUCGAGUACAGGCUGGAAAGGUCCCCCGUGGAGGAGUCCGGGGAAGAGGUUCCCUGUGGGGACACGUCUGUGGAGAGUGGAGUGGCCCCAUUCUUCGAGAUGAAGCUGAAGCAUUUCAAGAUCUUUGAGGGGAUGCCCGUGACCUUCACAUGCAGAGUGACCGGGAAUCCAAAGCCGAAGACCUACUGGUUUAAAGAUGGGAAGCAGAUCUCUCCCAAGAACGAUCACUACAGCAUCCGGAGCGACCCUGACGGGACCUGCUCUCUGCAUACCGCGGCCUCCACCCUGGACGAUGACGGGAAUUACACGAUCAUGGCUUCGAACCUUCAGGGCCGCGUCAGCUGCACGGGACGGCUGAUGGUGCAGGCCGUGAACCAGAGAGGCCGCAGCCCCCGCUCGCCCGCCGGCCAGCCUCACGGCAGAAGGUCUCGUUCGAGAUCCAGGGACAGUGCCGACGAAGGUGAACCGAUUCAGGAGCGAUUCUUCCGACCGCACUUCCUGCAGGCUCCCGGGGACCUGACGGUCCAGGAGGGCAGGCUCUGCAGGAUGGACUGCAAGGUCAGUGGGCUGCCAACCCCCGAUCUCAGUUGGCUGCUGGACGGCAAGCCCAUCCGCCAGGACAGCACCCACAAGAUGCUGGUGCGAGAGAACGGGGUGCACUCUCUGAUCAUCGAGCCCGUCACGGCCCGGGACGCCGGCAUCUACACGUGCGUGGCCACCAACCGGGCUGGACACAACUCCUUCAGCCUGGAGCUCGUGGUCGCAGCUAAGGAAGCGCACAAGCCCCCCGUGUUCCUCGAGAAGCUGCAGAACACAGGGGUGGCGGACGGGUACCCGGUGCGGCUGGAAUGCCGGGUGUCCGGGGUGCCGCCACCGCAGAUAUUUUGGAAGAAGGAAAACGAGUCGCUCACUCACAGCACGGACCGCGUGAGCCUGCACCAGGACAACUACGGCUACGUGUGCCUGCUCAUCCAGGGGGCCACCAAGGAUGACGCGGGCUGGUACACGGUGUCGGCCAAGAACGAGGCCGGGAUCGUGUCCUGCACGGCCCGGCUGGAUGUCUACACCCAGUGGCAGCAGCCCCCGCCAAGCACCAAGCCGAAGCGGGUGCGGCCCUCGGCCAGCCGCUACGCCGCGCUCUCGGACCAGGGACUCGACAUCAGGGCUGCGUUCCAACCCGAGGCCAGCCCAUCGCACCUGAUGCUGAGCCCCGGCCUGGUGGAGAGCGAGGACCUGUGAGCUGGCGCUCUCUGCAGAGCCCAGACACUGAAACCGCCGCUGCCUUGACCCACCUCUCCUCUGUCACGGGACGGAAAAGGCAGAAACAUACCUUUGGCUCUAAGAAACAAAAGGACACCAAAAUCCUACUUUUCUUCCUGGUAAACCAGACGUAGAGGCUGCGUACGCAAUGCUGAUAGGAAUGCACACCUUGCACGGAGAAUUCACAUUCAUCAGCCAAUUUAAAACUUUGGGAAGUGCUGUGAUUCAGGGGGUCUGAAAUGCCAACGUGCUAACGGAGAAAAGGUGACCACGACCUGUGUUGUCCCGAGUGUCUUCACCAGCGUAGGUGCUGCCACCCAGCGUGAGCUCGGGGGGGCUCCCCGGAGGUGGCGGCACCACAGGGGAGACCGCCUGGGCUCUGAGGGGCCGUGUGCUCACGCAGCCAGGGACCCACGCGGGGGAUGGGAGGAGGAGGGCGCCACCAGGAAGCCCAAGGAAACGCCUGUCGGCACAUCGUUCUCCACUAAACCGUGUGGAAGGAGCCACCUGCCUUCAGUUCUGUUAACAUCAGGAGAUUUCUAACAAGGUUAAGACCUUCGUUCUUAACCUCUUUUUCUUUACGUGUAGUAUUUUCUCUUCAUGUUACCUUGGUAGGGUGCUUACUUACAAACCAUAUGAAAAUAAUACAAAGUGCUCUGAAUAAAGCAGAACCAUAUCGCAGUCCAUUCCACGAAGGGCACCCAGACCACCCAAGUGACCAAGCUGUGUAGCAUCUGGAGGAGACGGGUUUGGAAGGAGCAGAGAGAAGAGGGAAAGGAAGCACAACCAGCACACUCAGACUGUGUUCAUUUACAUGAAGGUAGCGGAGCACGAGACGGUCAAGGCCAGGCUUUUCUUUGGUUCUCUUCAAACUUAACCUAAGACAGAAGCGACACAACACCGCCAUUCCCAAGCCAGGGAGUCGAGGGUCAGUCGGAGGGAAGCUCGUGCUCGGGACGCUGCGGUGUCGGAGCUGGCGCCGGAGCAGGAGGUUGGAGGUGCGUACCGCAAGUUGAAUAUGGGCGGAGCUGCGAGACUGUCACGGAUCAGAAACAGCCUGUGGGCGCUAGGCUGCUUGGGGAGACAAAGACGGGGGUGCCAGAGUGCAUUUUCUCCACAGCACCGCCACACGGUGGAUGGAAACUAUUAAUUCACUUCCCUGCUGCCACGAGACCUUUUUGCCUUAAGAUGUUGCUGGGUUCCAAGUAGUCUGUAAAGGCAUCUCGGGCACAGACUGCUUUUUGAAUGCCUGUGAUUCUGCAUCAGCUAGAUGGAGUGGAUUCUGACCAGACUUGAUGGUUUUAAGUCAGAACCAAUAAACUUUUAAAAGGAGAAAAAAACAAAUUUGGGCUGAUAUUAUAAAACCUGAGUCUUUAAUGGUACUUUCCUAUGAAGAGAACACACUGUAUUCUUUAUGCAAAACACAUUUAUCUUUCAUUAUUUAUAAUAAAAAUGUUGAACUCUCUUAGCUCAGUUACUCAAUUCAAUACAUAGUAUUUUUUAAGUAAUUUUGUAUCUGUGUGCCACUGUGUAUAUUCCGUUGUGCUGCUUCACAUGGACAGCUUCCUCCUUCCUUGUAAGAGCACCAACCAAGCAAGCUUUAAAUGCCAGGCUGGAGCUCCGGUGCCCACGUUCUGUGCAGAGUGGCACACGUGUCUCUGACCACACCUACGUGCAUUGCUGAUGUGGGAUUUCAGACACCGUGCAAAGUCUCUCCUGGACCUUUCUAUACUGUAGAAUUAUGACUUAACAUCAUCUCUUACUUGCCAAAUUUUUCUGAAUGUGACUUUUUGCUGAUUUGCUGGGUUUGGGAUUAAGUAGCAUUAUUUUGCCACCUUUCAUGUAUUUAUAAAGAAAUAAGUACUAUCCUACUACUUUGGAUUGUUGUGCUGGUGUAAUGUGGAUUUAACAUCAAUAAAUAUUUAACAAAUAAUAGUUGCAAUUUUGUGAAGCAAAUAUUCAGUCGUUUUCAUUUUCUAUUGCUUGCUGUAAUAAACUGGUACAGACUAGAA